CGUAAAGUGGUGUCGUAGAUUCUUGAACGUCACAUUGAUGAAUAUCGAUCCGAAGGCCUUGUUCUUAACCUUAGUACGUUUCUAGGAGAAACGAUAAGAAGGAGGAGGGUGAAAAAUGACGCAAAUCGUUGUAAGCGUUUACGAAACUGCACGUUUGCAAGGCGAUCCCGAUGGUUGCGUCGGUUGGGACGCAUUGUGGCUGUUUGCGAAGACAGUCGCGACGAAGCACUCAAAAAACAGUUUAGGCUCAGCUUUCAAGGGUCAUUGGGGUUGGUCACUGAGAUCGAAGAAGCGACCCCUUUGGAGAACAGGGGAAAAGGAAGGGAAAGGAGAGACCUUUGAAGGGGGUCUCUUCCGUUCAGCAUCAGUGGCCAUUGAAUGCUGAGCUUUAAUUGCGGUAAAAAGAACCAGGGAAGUCUCUCCUGCGCAAGUUGGGAGUGGUGAGGGCGGUUAGACGUGAUGCGGUUGAAAGUGCCAGUAGUACUAGUAGUCCUUUGUUGGGAACUAUGUAUUAGUAUUCUCGAAAAAACGACUGGCGAUGGACGAGGAACCGACUG